AUGAAUCCUUUCUAACCUAAUAAUAUAUAUAAAGGAAGUAGAAUCAAAACAAUAUUAGAGUGUUUACUCUUAAUAAUAAGAUUACCUAUCUUUUUAGGAUUGACAUUAGAAAUAAUAAUAUUUAAUGAUAUACUCUUUAGAAAAUUACAAAAUUUAGAGCUUCGUCCUAAUAUUUAUAAAUUAAUAAGAAUUAUAAUAUUGUUACAUAACUUCUUUAUUGGAAGAUCAUUAUUAUUGUUUAUAGGAUACUAUAAUAUAAAAUCCAUAUUUAAAAACACUCUGUAACAUUAAAAACAAAAAAAUUUACAAUCUUAUACAUUAUUAUGUUCAAGAACUUCUCCAAUUGAUGUUUUUACACUUAUUACCUAGUAUGAAUUAUCUUUAUAAUAAAAGUUUUUCUCCAUCUUUUACUCAUAUUUCAAUAAAUAAGAGAUAAGUCCAUUAUUAAUUAAUAAGUUAUUAUUAAGCAAUCAUAGAUUCAUUUUAUAUUGAAUAAUGUAGUUUUAAAUAGUUUAAAGUGGGUAAAGAUAUAAGAGAAUUGAUGGAAUUAAUAGACAAGAAAAGAACUGGACCUUUGAUAGUGUUUUGGGAAGGAGGUGUAUCAAAUGGUUAAUAUUUUUUAAAGAUUGAUGAUCUAAUGAUAAAUGAAGCUUAUAAGGUAAAUAAAUAUUCCAAAUAACAUUAAUUAUUAGUAAAAUAUAAUUAUUCAAAUCCAAUUGGACUCUUCAGUAUUUUAACUAAUAAAAGAGUCAAUCUUAUAGGGAAUUCAUGGAUUAAAAUGUUAUUUAAUUUAUUAUCAAAUUAUUAUUGUGAUUUAGAGAUGUUUUUCUUAAAAUUGCCAUAUUAUUCAUUUUCUGAUUAUAAGCUUAAUAAUAUUUAUUAUUAAUUUGUAAAUAAUCAAUUAAAAAGAAAAUUAGUAAUUAUAUAAUAAUAUAAAAAAGAGUAAGAAAAAUUGGAUGGAUUUUAUUAAUAAAUAUGUUAGAAAUAUAAAUUGA